AUGGCUUUUCGAACCGGUAUCCUGACUACUGAUGCACCUGCACCGAGUCCUCAUCUCUCGCAAGCAAUUAUCCACAAUGGAACGGUCUACUGCUCCGGUUCGUUUGGUAUGGACCCCCAGACUCGACAACUGGCUGAGGGUCCAUAUCAUCAGACCGCGGGUGCCCUCAAGAACCUCGACGCUAUUCUCAGCAAAGCGGGAACAAGUCUUCACAAUGCUUUGAAAGUUACCAUUUUUAUAUUGAACAUGGACCACUAUGCUGAGGUCAACAGAGCUUACCUCGAGUUUUUCACUUCUGACCCCAAGCCAAGCCGAACAUGCGUAGCUGUUGCUCAGCUUCCCCUAAAGGGUGCACAUGUGGAGAUGGAAGCUAUCGCUGCUAUUCCUGAAAAGUGUAGCAAGCUUUAA